AAGACUCGACGGAUGAAAUGAGCAAGACAGUCUACCCAGAGCAGAGAAAGGAGUAGAACCGCGAUAAGCACAACCUUGCUUGCCUGCGUCGCCAACAAUCGUGAUCUUACAAAUACAUUUCUGACAAGGAAAUACAACGAAUUGGAGAACAAACUGAGGCAGUCCGACUGUGGCAAGCUCCACAUGGAGGAUGAUGACGAGGAUGUUUUUAGGGAGGACUCACUCUGGCACUCACCCUUCAAGGACAUCAAGUCGGAGAACAGGGCUACCCAGACGCCUGGCCCCGCCCUGUUGCUAGGCAACGGCAUGCUGCCCUGUGGCAUGGCACAUGAGCCAAGACGAGUCUUCCACGGUAACGCAGCCUUGCGAUUGCUACAGUCUCCCAACCUUGAGCGCUUGGGUGAAGCCAUGGCUGAAGACCAGUGGGGUCAUGCCCAUCGUCCCCAGCAGCCAGCGGCAAGGAGCGUGGAAGUGGAGAUCGGCCAGAAACUGCAGAUGAUUGGAGAUCAGUUCCACCAGGAACAACUACACCUGUUUCAGAGAAACCAAAGACCACAGCAGCAGCCAGUUUUGUGGCGUCUGGCGUGGGCUCUGUACACCCUGCUCUUUGAGAGACCGGCGGGCGAGGAGCCGAGGUGAGACGGACUAUGCUGACCAGCCACCACCACGGGCCAGACCGCCCGGUCCCACUCAGCGUGGCAGGGACCUCCAAUGGCACUGUCCAGGAUUCAACACGGGUUUGGAGAAGGAGAGGAAGGAGAGGAAGAAAAGAGCGAGGGAGCAACAGAGAGACGAGCAAAAGGGAGAUGCUGGUUGACUGCAGGUCGGGGAACCCAUGUCUCUUUUCUACUGUUUUUCUUAAUACCCUACCACACCCCCACCCACCCUCUUGAGGAUGAGGCGUUUUUCUCUCCAAGUAGAAGAUGAUGCCAUGCUGUUCACAAGAUUUUUCUAUUCCUAUUUUCAUAAAAAAAGACAACGAAAAAAGUAGUGAGAAAAAAGGAAAGUGUGGAGGUAGUAUUUUGUACAGUAUAUUGUUCUUGUUUUAUUGUUUGCACUUCCAUAUAUGUACUUCUUGAAUGACCUCCGUAUGUCUUGGGAAUGCCUUAUUGUCCCAUGCCACCAUUGAAUGACUGAGGAGAAGGAAAAGAAAGAAAAUGAUUGGGUGGCAUGGGGCUCCUGUUCUGAAAUCUCCCAGGAAACCAAUCAACUUGACAACCAACUAAUCUCCAAAGAGGCUGUUUUUUUGUGUUGUUUGUUGUAUUUCUUCCCUCUUUUUUCGGAACAAACUGUUUUGCACCUCAGCUUGUCCUGUUACUUUUUUUCAACAAGAUGUUAAAUAUUAUUUUUUCUUUCUUCAACUUCUUGGUUUGUAAGAGUGUUUUUUUUUGUUUUUAUUUCCAGUGUCUGAUUAUUUUUUGUUUGUUUAUUUCUUUUGAAAUAUUAAGUCCUUAAUGGCUUCCUUACAUGGAUUCAAGUUCCAGUUUGUUGUAUUAGUUAUUGUGCCAUGUAUGGCAUCAUGAAGUACGUCAUGGUAGGUGUGGGCUUAAUCCGUAAGGAUUAGAAAACAGGUGAUAUUCCUACUGUAGAUAUGAAAGGCAGAUCAAAUAACCCAACUAAGUAGCUCUCCAGAGAGUCUGUCCUGGCGUCUGCUUGCGGAAGGAGACCCAGAAGUGUCCCCGCUCCUCAUAGUCUUUUGGGGUUACAACUUCUCCUCUGUGUGCCCCUAUGGAAUGAAAGAGUAGCAUGAGAAGGCCAGAACAUUUGUCAUACAACCGGCAGAAUCCCAGAUGAGCUUUGGAAUCCAUUUUGCUUGCACUAGUGUACGUCUGCCAGGGCUGAUUGAUUUUAAUCAGAAAGCACAUUGUUUUUAUUGUUACCUUUUUUAUGAUAAUUUUUAUUUGUUUUUUUCUUUUCUUGUUUUGGUCAGGGAAGCAGAACCUCUUAGGGAUGAUUUGUCCUGAAACUGAAAUCUGAAUGAAUGUGUUGAAGUAUGAUUUCGCAUUUGAUUGACAUAAACCUCUCAAAGUGUGUAAUGAAGGUGACUGAAAACAUAUUUUAUUUCUUACAAUUAUUUUUUUGUUUUAUUUUUCCCAAGAGACCUGACUGUUUUUACUACCCCCAAUUCAGAUCAGACAAGAGAUUAAACAUAUCCAGAGCAGAGACAAAUUUUGUCUUGUUGAAACUACUUUAUACCACAACAAACAGUCCAUUGAAUGCAGUUUCUUCAACUGUUCAAAUUUAUAGGUGCGUGCCCCCUGUCCCCCCAAGUUGUUUUUGACGUGUGCUCUUCUUUGUUGCCAGUUGGAGAGACACCAAACCACUUGAGUGUUUGGCACCUGAGCAAUACUGGGCAAACAAAUCUGUGAAUGGACUGCAUCUUUUUUUCCUCAGGAUACGUAUCUGGGCUUUUGUAAUUAACAAAAAAAAGUAUAUGAGUAUAUACCUUUUCAGGUGAUUUGUUAAACGGUGCAGUGGUAUAAUUGUUGAAUAUAAAUGACCACUACUUUUCUGCCUUUAAAACAUUCUUUUUACAAGACUAGAGGAGAACAUCUUCAGAAGAGAGAAUUGAACUGUAAUUAUUGUUAUAAUGUUUUUGGCAUGUUUGAAGACACUGAUUCAUUCUCGUCAAUGCUGUUAUUUGUGAUUCUUCUUUUGUUUGUUUGUUGCCUUUUUCGUUUUUUAUUGCAUUCUUUUCCAACUUCAUGUCCCAAUUUUGGUUAGUAGUCCACAUGAUGUUAUGUCUUAUCACUUGGAAGAUAUUUCACUUUUAACUCCAAUCGCCACCAUGCUGUUGAUUAUCAAUUCAUAUAGUUGUAGCAAAUUCAGUUUUGGGUCAGAUUAUGCAGCAUGUGCCGUUUUAAACAGAUCACAAAGUUGCCUUCUUUUCAAUGGCCACUGUGUACAACCUUGGGUACAUGAGUAUGGUACAAUAGAUUAUUUUUUGAUGUUGAUGUAGCUGUAGGUUGGUGACAAAUGCGCUGAGAGCUAUAGGAGGCAGAAGCUACAUUUGAAGUGUGCUCCACAUUAGGAGAGGAGUUGAAAGUUGUAGUUGUUUCCUGCAAAUUUUGAACGCUGAGCCAGUUAAUUGUCCUUGUAGCUCUGCCUCUCUAUCUCUCGUUGUUUCCCAUCUUAGUCUUGCUGUGUCACCACACCGUAUUCUCUCUGGACCCUGUGUAUGUGGACUACUUCCAAAACUUUUUUUAGGACAUUUUGUGUUUCAUUUUUUUAAUUUAUUUUUUGUUUUGUUCUUUUUUCUCUUAUUUAUUGUUUGUAUAUUUGCCCAUUUGCUACUGUAUACAUUCAUUUGUGCAAUUUCUUGACUUUUUUUUUAUUUUAUUGGUCUUAGAUUUGUAUAUAUUGUAUUUGUGUUUCUCUGCUGAAUGGUAGGGGCCAUGCAUUGCCUGAUUGUUUCUUGGGAGUACAUUCUUAUGUCCAGAAUCUCAGUUGUGUUCACUCAAAACAAACAGAAACAACAUCAUUUUUAAGUUUUACAAUCAACUGAAAAUUUCAUUGUCAUAAAAAAUGGAAUUAAUUUUGUAUGUCGGAGGAUGGUCUAUAACGACCUUAAAUUCAGAAGGGCCAUCACUUGGUUUGAAAACUCACAUGAGAUGCAGACCUAUGCGAACAAGUUUGAUUGCCUUCUUCACUACUCCAGUGACAUGUUUGUUCUGUGGUACGUGUAUGAAAAUAAUCAAAACCUGGAAUGAGCUGAAGGUUAGUUGACAUUUUGCCCCCGGAAAGCUGUGCCUUUCUCUUAUGGAGGUGUGUUCUUUGUUAAGUGAUGUGUCCACAUAAAACCAUGAAGGACCAAGCUUUCCCUUCAACCACUAGCUCAAAGCCCACUGAAGCCCUGUACACUGAAAUUAGCAGCUCAAGAUGCUGUUUUACACUCUGUCAUUGUUAGUCAUCAUUGCACAUACAAGUGUUACCCUCGUAUUUUAGUAAAUCAUCAAGUCAGUCAUUACAAGUUGACCACAGUGAUAAUUUCACUUUGAAAGAAUGGUGGCACUGACAGUAGUGUUGUACAAACUGUCCAAAUGUUCUGUGAAGUCACUGGGCAUUGGUUAUUGGUUAGACUUUGUUUGUUUUCUACACUUUUUAAAUUGACAUGCACUGGAAAAAAGUCGUUGACACUCAUGUGUUUGUAAUCCCUGACUUGUAGCAAAACAUACAUGCAUUUUAUUUAAUCUGACGAUCAGGUGCCAGAUAAACAAUGUCCUGUGUUAUAUCCGUGGACUUGACCUGACAUUUUUAGUCCACUCCCUGAAGUGUACUAUAAGGUUGAGAUGUCACCCAGUGUUAGUGUCGUUUUUGUGGAGUCAGGUGGAGGUUGAGUGGAGGAGAGAGGCCCACAAGAACAGUCAGUUUAGUAUUGAAAACCAUCAGUGUCUUGGAGUAUCACUAUUUUAUGUCCAUUGUAAUUCAACAAGAAGACCUGAGGAAGAAUGAAUCUUAAAUGUUUUUUUACAUGCAAGCAGUUCCUUGCUCAUGACUUUUUCGGACUUUUUUAAACUUUCAUACAUCUGCUUUUUAGAGGCAGUUUUGGCCUAUAAAAUGUUUUAAUACCUUUUGGAAUUUCUAUGAAACAUCAGAUGAAAUCAAGGGCUUUUUUUAAGAAAAGAAAGGAAAUGAACUUACAACAUUCCUUGAAUGAACUCUGGUGUGGAAAGGGCGGUACGGGCUUGUAAGAUUUAAUUUUUAUAGCCAUUUUUAAACUACAAAAGAGCAUCAGAUUUGACUUAAAUUGGCAUAUGUUAAGUAUUGGCAUAAAACAAAAAUCAUAUACUGUUAGUUACAUUUAUUGCUGAAAUCCUUGAAGUUGCCUUCAUUUCAUACAGUUUUAACAAAGUCUUGAGGCUCACACAUACUCUGUAUACCAAGAAAUGAGACCCAGCAAAAAUGUAGCAUUUUUGUAAACUUUGACUGUGUGUCUUCGAGACUGUACUGUGCACUCAUUACUAUUGUUUCCCUGGUUUUUAUACAGUAUGGAGGUCUAGACUAUUUGUUAUAUAGUGCAAUAUGCUGUACAUAAGAGCUUUUCUCAGAAAGACUUCAAUUUUUUGUUGUUUAAUUGGUACAUUUUUUUUUUCAAUAAAAUGUAUUAAACUAAAA